UUGGAUAGAUACUAUUUUGUAUACUCGGUGUCACAACACACCAUGCUGUCACUGCGUAUGGCGUAAUUCGUCAUUCAGAUCAGACAAUGCAGCCUUUGUUUUGAUCUGUGUACUCCUAUGCCGGGCCCCAUAUGCGCGUCGUCAACUUGCGCCAAGCUUAUAGUGUUAUAUGAGAGACGGUGCUCAGCUUACGUCUCUCACAUCACAAUUGGCGCAAGUUGACGGCGCGCAUAGGGAGCCGGGAACCAGCAUAUUUCACUCGCAAGCUGCUCCCUCCGAAAUUUAAACCGACACUGCAUAGGCUACAUGACUCCACGCCAGUGAUACUAUAUGUGGUUUGACAUACGUACAUGGUCGAAAAACAGGGUGACUUAAUCAUUUUCCAGAAUGGACCCAUUCCCCGUGUGUGUGGUGUGCAGCACGUCCUUCAGGUACAGAGGACCACAGCCACACCUGCUUCCCUGUCUACAUGCUGUAUGCCAGGACUGUCUCAAGUCACCUGAAGUCACAACUCUGGACUGCUCUGUCUGCUCGAAGAGUCAUGACAUAUGUGACACGGAUAGACAGUUCCCCGUUGAUGAGGUCGUCCUCGCUGAGGUCCUCCACCUGACCUCCAAACACCGACCAGCAGAAUUCCUGUGUACCAAUGAUGAGGAUGGGAACCAGGCUGUGUGUUGGUGUGGGGAGUGUGGGGACUUCCUCUGUGAACACUGCCAGGUAUUGCACACAGGAAUCAAAGCUACCCGGAGCCAUAAGACGACACUGAUCCCUGAUCUGUCGGAAAAAGUGAAAGGAUCGCAAUUGGAAUGUGAGGAGCACGGCCAUUGCCUGGACAUCUUUGAUGGCGACUGUGAUUGCUUCAUCUGCUUCCGAUGUUUCUACGAAGAGCAUGUUGGUCACAGUACCACUAAAGCCGAUACGUUUCUUACGACAGAAGAACAGCAGUUGAAUAAUUGUUUGAAAUCUGCUACAUGUAAAAAAGAGAAGUUAGACUCAGCAACAAAUGAUGUGAAUGAGCAAACACGGAUUAUUCAACAGAAAGCUGCUUCUCUGAAGGAAACAGUCCAACACACCUUUGCUGAGUUGAAAACAUUGAUCGAUCAGCGAGAGAAAGAGGUGUUUGUUGAGCUAGAUCAGCUUCUGGACUCCAUGAGGAACAUCAAUGACAGUCGACGUCCUAUCUUGAAGUCAUCAGAGACUAUUUGUCAGUCACUCCUUGACUACAUCAACAAGACUCUCCACUAUGCCUCACCUUCCCACCUCCACAAACUGAAGAGUUCCAUCACACAGGCGUUUGAGACCUGCCUAAAACUUGACGUUCCUCUUGUUCACAAACACGAGUCGUCUGUCCUGUUUUCAAAACAGGGGUUGCAGGAUAUGAAGUCCCUAAUAUCAUGCUUCGGAAGUUUCUUAGCUCCUGUCAAGGACAAGCAUCAAGUGACUGAGUUGUCUUCAUUCUAUUCAGAUCGUCAGCUGUGCCUUGAAUCUACAAUUGCCAAACUCAGGGACCAGAAAAUAAGACUUGUGAAGGAAAAUGGUGAACUGAAGAAUGAGGUCCGAGAAAGUGUCCAAGUUGUCAAUGACCUCGACGAAGAUGUAUCCAGGCUGACCUCAUUCGUGGUGCAGAUGGAUCCAGAUGGAGGACACAGGGGCAUGUUUCUUCAUGUUGUGAGGGGAAUCCAGAAUGAAAUUCACUUUAUGAAGUGUCCGAAGAUGAUGUUCGACACGGGAAGAGUGUCCACGAACGGGGUACACAUCAAUGACAAAGGUGUCCUCGUCAAUCAUGAGAAGCCAGGAGGCGGGCGACCAUCUGACUGGACAAGGAAGAGAUUCCAGAACUACCAUGGUACCAGCAGUGCCUUCCCACUGCCCUCUAGUGGCCUGGUGUACUGGGAGGUGGAGGCGUUGGUAGAACUGGACAAGCCACUGGGUGGCCGGAGUCUGAUAUUGGAGGUGGGCGUGUGUGGAGAGGAGGCCAUGGACAAUGCUCCCUUUGUCGGUGGACAACCCAACUCGUGUUGCCUCAGCUUGGCACACAACGAUCUUGACAACACGGUUGGUUUGAAUAUAAUGCAGAAUGGUCAGUUUCAGGUUUUCAUGCAAAAUAGGCUAGACAAUAAGGCUGGUGUGUUUGAGAAGCUGAAGUAUGGAGUCUUGAUCAGUGUGGACAGAAGGACUGUCAACUUCAUCGACAUCAACCGCCAGAGGAUGUGGGCGGCUUGUUGUCUGGUCGGUUUAAAGCACAGUGCGAGGAUGUGGCCUGUGUUUGGUGUUUUUUCCGGCUCCACCAGAGUGGCCAUGAGGCUUGUUAGUGGGGGUGAUGUGCAGAUGGAGGUCUGGAAAAAGACGCUGAUCGGGCAAACCCAAUCCUAUUAUAACUGAAUGUAAUUCUUGUAGACACACAUGUGUUUGUAUACACUACUUUCCUCCUGUGAAACCUAGAAACAUAAUCGGGCGAAUAGGGAUUCAAACCCACAACCAUAGGUUUCUGGUGUGCCCUAUUCUGCACAGUGAAUUGCUGCGCCUUA